UGUGCCAUUUGGAGAUGAAAGUUCCACGCGCACUGAUGGCUAUCUGAAAGAACAUAGGAGUUAAGGACACUGGUGCAUGAGCUACGACAGACAGACGCACGACUCUGGACUAAUAACUCUGUUCAGUCACUGCUCUUAUAAAAGUAGCCAUAUCUUUUCUGCUAUUUUACGCACAGGGAGCAGACAACCCUGACAGAUCAAAAUGAUGACCAAAACAUUUGGGAAAAAUGGGGAUGUGAGUGAGCUGGUUAGCUCCCUCAGCUGGCUGGAGGAGGAUGGCAGCUCACAGGACGGAGAUGAAAGCCCAGAGAUAAGAGGACGUCAUGGUUUGAUUGUAGGUGGCCGGAUCCACUCCUGCACAGAACUGGGCAGUGAGGAUAUGGAGGAAGAAGAAGAAGAGGAUGAUGAGGAGGAGAUCGGACCAAAUGGAGAGAAGGCUCCCAAACGCAGAGGCCCCAAGAAGAAGAAAAUGACCAAAGCUAGACAAGAGAGGUUUCGUGCUCGACGGAUCAAGGCCAACGCUAGAGAACGUUCACGUAUGCAUGGGCUGAAUGAUGCUCUGGAUAAUCUUCGCAGAGUGAUGCCCUGCUACUCCAAGACACAGAAGCUGUCAAAGAUUGAGACUCUGCGGCUUGCCCGCAACUACAUCUGGGCCCUGUCUGAAGUGCUUGAGAGUGGUCAGUCCCCAGAGAGCCAUGGUUUUGUGGAGAUGCUAUGCAAAGGUCUGUCUCAGCCCACUAGUAAUCUAGUGGCUGGCUGCCUGCAGUUGGGAUCCACACCAGUACUGAAGCUGGAGGACAAGUGUGGAGGUCCAGGGAUGGGUGGCAUAGCAGGUCAGGCUGGUCAUCCUCUCAGUUUCCCAUCCCCAGGCCUUCCAAGCCCCCCCUAUGGAUCCCUGGAGGCAUCCCACCUUCUCCAGAUGAAGGGGUUCAAGGGGCCCACUUAUGACAACCCCUCCUCAAAUGAGUGCAGCAGCGGCACUCCACCAUACGAUGGGCCUCUAACUCCCCCUCUGAGUAUCAGUGGCAACUUUACCCUGAAGCAGGAACCCUCUCCCCAUGAGUCAGACAGGAACUUCACAUCCCACGCUGGUCACCAUGCCCACUACCUCUCCUCUCACCAUUACUCCACUUCCACAACUGGCAGCCUAGUAGCAGGCCCUCAGGCCCACCCACUGUUUCAGGCUUCCCGUUAUGAGCUGCCCCUGGAUGUGGCCUUUGACUCAUUCACUCCCCCUCACCUGGUCACUUCACAGAUGGGCAGCAUCUGAAAUGUGUGAGAGAGAAGCAGCGAGUGAAUCCACAGUCACACCGGCCAGUGGAGACAUGUUGUUACUGUAUAAACUGCUGUAAAGAUUGGGGCUGUGGUACUGGCUGUACAGAGAAUGGUACUGAACACUCAGAGAGACUUCACCUCAGCUCAAUCUACCUGAUAAAACAUGCACCCAUAAAUUUUAAUAUUUUAUUUAUUGUUUUUGUAAUGGUCAUAUGUUGAUAUUUGGAUUAUAAUUAUUUUGUUAAUGAGUCAUAUCCUCAGUUGUUGUCAAUUGUUGGAACUAAGAAUUAGAUGACCAAAUAUCUGCAUGUAUGCACCACACAGGUGCUUUAAGUGCAGGGUUAAAAAGUAAAACAAAAAAAAACAAAAAAAAACAAAAACAAACAAACAGCACAAUAUGACAGCUUUGUAAGAAAAGUUUGCAGAAUGAUUUCAAAGUCAUCCAACUUAAGUCUGAACUGUGCACUGGGGCCUGCAGUCAAUGUUUCUCCCACCAUAAAAAAGCAAUGCAUAUUUAUAUCUGUAUUUAAUAUUUAUUUUGAUAACGUCUUGUCCUUUUUUUUGUAUUUUUCACAGCACAGCUUUUUUUUCACUGUCUUCUUGGUUUGAUGUCAGUCACUCGCACCUGUACUGUAUUUAAAUUAUUUAUUCGAGGUCUUUCAGGUACUAUGUUCAUUUGGUGUAACAAUUUUUGUCAGACGAUACUGUUGUAAAUAUUUUGCUGUUUCGCACUUAAUUGAAUAAAUAUUCUUAUAUUAUAUGCUA